AUGACUUCGAAUCCGAAUCCCUAUAGCGUUGAGUCUCUUUUCAGAGUCGACGGCCUCGUUGCUGUCAUCACCGGCGGAGGCUCUGGAUUAGGCAGAAUCACAGCCCACGCCCUCGCCGCCAACGGAGCCAAGGCAGUCUAUGUCCUCGGGCGACGAGAGGAGGCCUUGGCCGCCACAAGAGAUACAUGUCCAAAGCCGGAGGCCAUCAAGCCUGUUGUCUGCGAUGUCACCUCAAAGGACUCGUUGAAAGCAGCCGCUGAUCGAGUUCGCGGAGAAGUGGGAUACUGCGAUAUCGUCUUCGCCAACAGCGGAGUCAUCACGGCUGAUAAUUCGGACAUUAUUAGAAACGCCAGUAAUCUUGAUAUCAAGGCCAUUCAAGAGGGUCUUUGGGAAUACAGCAUGGAGGAAUUUACACAGUCUUUUCACGUAAACGUCACGGCUGUCCUCUACACUGUCCUCGCGUUCUUGGAUCUCCUCGACGAGGGAAACAAGAAAGCGGUGGUUGCCCAAAAAUCACAGGUCAUCGUCACAACUUCUGUUGCAACCUAUGCGCGUCUCCCCAAAGCCGGAUUUGCCUACGGCAGCAGCAAAGCGGCAGCAGGACAGCUUGCCAAGCAGCUCGCAACACUGCUGGCGCCACACAAGAUCAGAGUCAACUCCAUCGCGCCAGGGCUGUAUCCGAGCGAAAUGACGGAACGAGAUAUCAAAGCUUCGGAGAAGGAGGUUCGAGAGGAGGGCAGCUUGCCGGGGUCGUUUGUUCCAUUGGCGAGGAUGGGCACGGAAGAGGAAUUUGGGGGAGCGAUGCUGUUUUUGACAAGCAAAGCCGGAGGAUACGUGGAUGGAAGCGUGCUGCUGGCAGACGGAGGGCGGUUGAGUAUCACGACUUCUACAUACUGA